AUGAUUGAAGCAGCCCCUGAUUCCAACGGUUCCACUACGUUGGUCAUUUUCGGAGCCAGUGGCGACCUUACCAGGCGCAAGCUGGUUCCGGCUCUCGCCAGCCUCCACAGCAAGGGCCGGCUGCCGCUGGAUCUGCAAAUCCUGGGCGUGGCCCGCAGCGACAUGGACGACGAGCAGUUCAGGGCCAUCCUGGCCGAGUUUCUGGGCAGCGAAGGGAUGACCAAGCCUUCCCCCGAACAGUGGGCCGCUCUGUCCUCCCGCAUCCACUAUUUGCAUGGUGACGUUACCAGCCUCCAGGACCUCGAGGCGGUUAAAGACAAGCUGGCCUCAAUCGAAGGGAACGGCGGUUCCCACAAUCGCCUCUAUUACCUUUCCCUGGCUCCCUCUCUUUACCGAUCGGCUAUGUCCGGACUGGGAGAAUCCCGGAUGUCGGAGGAUUUUGACGGCUGGAGACGAUUGGUGGUGGAGAAGCCCUUUGGCACAGACCUGACGUCGGCCCGAGAACUAAAUGACGUUGCCCACUCGGUCUUCAGGGAAGACCAGGUCUUCCGCAUCGACCACUAUCUUGGGAAGGAGACGGUCCAGAACCUGCUGGUGUUUCGCUUCGCCAACGCGAUAUUCGAGCCCCUUUGGAACCGGAAUUAUAUAGACCACGUCCAGAUUACAGUGUCGGAGACCCUGAAAAUCGACGAACGGGGCGAUUAUUACGACCAGACCGGCGUGCUGCGGGAUAUGUUCCAGAACCACCUCUUGCAGUUGCUAACCCUGGUGGCCAUGGAGCCUCCCCAUGCAUUCGAGGCCGAGGCAUUGCGCAACGAGAAGGUGAAGGUUCUUAAUGCCAUACGGCGUAUCCGGCCGGAUGACGUUGGCCGGCACGCCAUUCCGGGUCAAUAUAGGACCUACCGGGAUGAGUCUGGAGUUUCGCCGGAAUCGGACACUGCCACGUACGCGGCCGUCCGUUUGCAUGUGGACAAUUGGCGCUGGCAGGGGGUGCCUUUCUACCUGCGUUCCGGCAAGGCGUUGCGCAACAAGUCCACGGAGAUCAUCAUUCAAUUCCGCAGUCCGCCCCAUAUGUUGUUCCCCCUGGCUGAUGAUGAAGAUAUUCCCGCCAAUACCCUGGCGAUAUUUGUUCAGCCAGACGAAGGCUUCCACCUGGAAUUUCAGACCAAGACUCCCGAGGCUGAAUUGCAGAUGAGAACGGCUGAACUGGAAUUUCAUUACCAUGAGGCAUUCAGCGGCCAGGCCAUCCCGGAUGCUUACGAACGGCUGCUGCUGGACGCGCUAAACGGUGACGCUUCACUCUUUACCAGGUCAGAUGAAAUAGAGCAGGCCUGGAGCAUUGUUGAUCCCAUAAUUGAAGGCUUCAGCCUUCCCACUGCUCCGAGGCCCUAUUACUACUCCGAAGGCAGUUGGGGGCCGGUGGAAGCCGAUCGCUUCAUGUUAACUGACGGUCGCGCCUGGCUUCAGGCCGGGCGGGCCGGUAGCGCGAUGCCGUAA